AUGGAGUCUCCUGCUGCCAAUUCUGAAUCGUUGCAAACUUUCAGAGCUAAUUUUGAAUGCUCAAUAAGAUCGCUUGAAAGUGAAAAGCUGGAAUUAAAUGAGCUUUAUACUAUUUUGCUCUACACCAAAUUGCCUCAAAGCGUCAGUGAGACGGUGAAGCGUAGGUGUGGAGACGAUUGGUUGGUAUUAGACACCUUUAAGAAAUACCUAGAAGAGGAAAUUUGCAAUCUAAGAACUUUUGUUUCAACUGAUGUGAAUAAAACUGAAAAACUGUCGUCAAUAUCAACAUUCACAGUAAAUCAAUCCCAAGCUGUUAGACAAAAAACCAAGGGAAAUGUGAAUAAGUCCAGUUAUCAGCAAUCCAAAAGAUGUGCUCUUUGUGAUAAAGAACAUUGGUGGACACAGUGCAAAACUUACGCAACCAGAGAUGAAAAGUUGAAUCGCAUCAGAGCUUUACAGUUAUGUUUUGUGUGUGCUUCUAAGAAGCAUUUUAGUGUGGACUGUGACAAACCAAGUUGCAAUAAUGGUUGUAAGAUGAGACAUCAUCGCAUCUUGUGUGAUAAGGACCAAACAGGAAAGCAAAGCAAGAAUAAACAAAGUGGUGUACAAGUGGGAACACUAUCAGUAAAUGAGCAGAACAAACCAAAUAAGUCAGGUAAGCAAUCCAUAUUGCCAACAGCAACAAUUCCCCUGAAAGGGAAGACAGGUCGCAUGGUACGGCUUAGAGGGCUGUUGGAUACUUGUACCGAGAGAACGUUCAUUAAAAGAUCAGCUCUAGAGAGACUGCAAUAUAGGUCCAAAGGAGUUGAAAAGAUAGCCUUGAGAGGUUAUCUAACUAGUAAACCUGUUCAUGAAUACAAGAUGAUAAGCGUCGCCAUACCGCAUAAAUAUGAGUUGAUAAUAAUGGACUGCAUAGUGGUGGAUGAGCUGCCAGAAUAUGCAAAGAAAUUUGACGUUAAGAGAAGUUUGAAGUCUUUAUGUAAAACUAAGAUCAACUUGACUGAUAAAGAUUUUGAUUUGCCUGUUGAGAAUCAAUCAACUAUUGAAUUGUUAAUAGGGGUUGAUAAUGUUUACAAUAUUUUGCAUCCAGGGUUCAAAAGGGUUAGAAACUUAAUAUUGCUGCCGACCAUAUUCGGUUAUGUGGUGACAGGCACAUGCAGUGCUUCCCCCACUAGGGAGACUCAUGUGACAAUUUUGAAGCUAGCUGUACAAACUGAAGAAAUUGAAGCUACUCAUAAUGAAAAUCCCAAGACAGAUCUGGACGCAUUGUGGAGUUUGGACAGAUUGGGAAUAGAUUGCAGUGAGUUGCGAGAACAAGACCAGAGGGUCUUAAAGGACUUUGAGAGCACUAUAACAUAUUCUGAAAUUGAUAAACAGUAUGUUGUGGCAUUGCCGUGGAGAACCAAUAGAUUCAGAUUGAAGACAAAUUUUGGUUUAGCCAUGAGCAGACUUCGACAGCAGACCAUCAAGUUUCAGAAGGAUGUGGAUUACUUAGAUCAUUAUCAGGAAAUCUUGCAAGAGCAAGAAGAUAGAGGGUUCAUUGAGAAGGUGAUCUAUAAUAAAUCUGAUGUGGAUUGUCAUUACUUGGCACAUCAUGGAGUGCUUAAAGACAGUGCCACUACUCCAAUAAGAAUAGUGUUUGAUUGCUCAUCAAAAAAAGGUAAAAAUGGAUUAAGUCUGAAUGAUUGUCUAUGGACUGGACCACACGUAACGGCUGAUCUACUCAGAGUCCUGCUGCAAUUUAGAACUAACACCUUUGCUUGUAUUGGUGAUAUUGAGAAGGCAUUUUUAAUGGUACAGUUGCGUGAAGAAGAUCGCAAUUAUACGCGUUUUUUGUGGUUGGAAAAUCCAACAGAUCCCAAUAGUAAAUUGAUAGUAUACAGAUUUAGAGUAGUAUUAUUUGGAGCUACAUGUUCAUCUUUUCUUCUAAAUGCAACCAUCAAGCAUCACUUGUCCACUGUGGUCUUGUGGUUACCCCGGUCCAAUACAGUGGAUGUAGUGGAAAGAUUGAAGACAGGUUUGUAUGUAGAUAAUUUGCAAUUUACGGCUAAUAGUGAAUUUGAGUUAAUGGAUUUAUACUUUAAUGCCAACAAAAUUUUUGCUCAGGCUCACUUAUAUUUGAAGGAGUGGGUUAGCAAUAGCGAGUCUAUACAAACUAUUGCUGCUGCUUAUCAAAUUGAAGCCAAACAAAAACAAAUUCAUAAAGUAUUGGGAUUGAAUUGGGAUAUAAUUAAAGACGUCUUAACUAUAAAUCCAACUCGUAUUAAUAGAUAG